UUACCUAAUCUUUCAACAACUGCCUAAUCUUCAACAAAUCCCAAAACUUUCUUUAUUAAAAACCGAGAGAAAAAUCAAAAAUCAAGAACAAAAAAAAAUCUCACUCUGCGAUCAAAUGGCGAUCUCUGAAAUUUUCCUGUUCAUCAUCAUCAUCAUCAUCGUCCUCCCCAUGCUUCUCCUCUACGUAUGGAGAACCAAAACCCCGGCAAAAACCUCGCUCCCCACGAACUGGCCACUGGUCGGAAUGCUGCCGGCGAUUCUCCAGAACUGCCACCGUAUCCAGCCCUACUUCACCGAGAUCCUCACCGAAUCCGGCGGCACGUUUCAGCUCAAAUUCCCCAGAGUUUUCAACAUGGAUAUGCUCCUCACUUCCCACCCUGCAAACAUCCACCAUAUUUUCAGCAGAAACUUCUCCAACUAUCCCAAGGGCCCCGAAUUCCGAAAAGUAUUCGAAAUCCUGGGAGAUGGGAUUUUCAACGCCGAUUUUGAGUUAUGGGAGCUUCACCGGAGAACCACUCUCUCAUUCUUGAACCACUCAGAGUUCUACGGUUUGUUGGAGAGCUCCGUUUGGGAGAAGGUGGAAACCGGGCUUUUGCCGGUUCUCGAUGAUUUCUCCGAAAAUCGGGCAAGUUUCGAUUUCCAAGAUGUUUUCCAGAGGUUCGCUUUCGAUAGUAUUUGUCGGUUGGUGUUGGACCACGAUCCGCGGAGCUUGUGCCGGGACUUGCCGUAUGUUGCUUCGGAGAAGGCGUUUAACGGUACAACUCAAGCGCUGUUGUAUCGGCAUCUAUUGCCCGAGAGCAUUUGGAAGCUCCAACGAUGGCUUCGUGUCGGCGAGGAAAGGAAGCUUAGCCAGGCUUGGGAGGCGUUCGACGAAUUCAUUUACCCGAUUAUCGACUUCAACGAGAAAAACCCGAAAAGCGAUCACAACAACUUGUUAGCGUCUUUCCGAAAGGCGUACGAAGAAAAAAACGGUUCAUCGUCGUUGACUAGGGAUUUUUUAAGGGACACUGUUUUGAGUUUGAUGUUUGCAGGGAGGGACACCACAAGCACUUGUCUCACGUGGUUUUUCUGGCUAGUCGCUACGAACCCGAAAGCCGAAAUCGAGAUUCUUGAAGAAAUCGAGUCGAAAUUGAUGCGUCAAAAAGACGAGGGCGGCGAGAAAUGGAGAUUGUUCAAUGUCGAAGAUUCCCACAAGCUAGUUUACCUACAUGGAGCUUUGUGCGAAUCUUUGAGGUUGUUCCCUCCGGUGGCGUUGGAGCACAAAGCUCCAAUUCAACCCGAUAAUCUGCCUAGUGGCGAUUACGUAAAAUCAAAUGCGAAAGUGAUAGUUUGUUUCUAUUCGACCGGAAGAAUGGAGUCGGUGUGGGGAAAGGAUUGCUUGGAGUUCAAGCCGGAGAGAUGGAUUUCGGCUAGUGGAGGGAUAAAGCACGAGCCUUCUUACAAGUUCCCGGCUUUCAAUGCCGGGCCGAGAACUUGUUUGGGCAAACAAAUGGCUUUCGUUCAAAUGAAAAUGUUGGCCGCGACGAUCGUAUAUCAUUACAAGAUCGAGCUUGUGGAGGGGCAUGUCGUCGCUCCUCGCGACUCCGUCAUACUUCAUGCGAAAAAUGGAUUGAAGGUCACGUUGUCCAAACGAAAUGUCUGAUUAAUUUCGUCACCGAGAAAGUUCGGUUAGUGCCGAACAUAUGUUGUAAGAUAGCCAGCCGUAUGUGUGUUGAAUAAAGAGGGCGAGCUGGAGUACUGAAGGUGUUUGAAUUAGUUCAAAUACCAAGUUGAGUAUCUGUGUAUUUGUGUGCUUAUGAACGGUAAACAUCUACAGAGUUGUAUUUCACGUCGUGUAGCAUAGUAUAAGUGUCAGUAGUAACGUUUCGUACUAAUAAAAAUGUUAUUUUGAAUAC